AUGCGUGUUCUGGUAACUGGAGCUUCUGGCCUGCUUGGUCGUGCAGUUUACAAAACUUUUUUAGAGGAUAUGAAUGAUGUGAUAGGAUUAGCAAACACACGAGCUAAAGGAGACUUAAGACAGCUUGAUUUAACUGAUACGGAAGCCGCUGAGACAUUUAUUAAUGAAAUAAAACCCAAUGUGAUUAUUCAUUGUGCGGCUGAAUGUCGACUAGAGAUAGCUGAGAAAAAUCGGGAUGCUACUUUACAUCUUAAUGUAGAAGUAUCCGGGAAACUUGCUACAAUUGCUGCCAAAUCCAAUUCUCUUUUUAUUUACCUAUCCACCGCUUAUGUAUUUGACGGAACAAAUCCACCCUAUGAUGUUGACGCUACACCGAAUCCCUUGAAUUUUUAUGGUGAAACUAAAUAUAAAGGAGAAGUUGCGGUGUUGAAUGCGAAUCCUAAUGCAGUGAUUUUACGCGUUACUCUCUUAUAUGGUGAUGUUGAAUAUCCUGGCGAAGCGGCCGUUAGUGUUUUAUUGGAGACUGUCAAGAAUACUCAAAAGACUGUUGAGAUAGAACAUUAUGCGAGGCGAUAUUCCACAUGUGUGGAAGAUGUAGCACGAGUGAUUAAAGAUUUAGCUAAAAAACAAGUCGAGGAAAAUAUUCCAAUAAAAGGAAUCUUCCAUUUUAGCGCCCAAGAAGCAUACACAAAAUACCAAAUGUGUGUUGUAUUUGCUGAAAUUUUGCACCUUCCAAUUGAUCAUAUAACUCCGAAUGACAAAGAGCCUGCAUCCACUGAAGUUAAACGUCCAUAUGAUUGUCGUCUCUCAAACGAUCGAUUAAAUGAAUUAGGAAUUGACACCAAUUAUGUGGAUUUUAAGAGUUGGUGGACGCGUAAAUUAAUCGUAGAAAAUAAUAAUAAAAAAUAA